AUGUGUGAAACGAGUGCAAGCAUCAACGGUAAAGUUGCCAUUAUAACAGGUGGCAGUUCCGGGAUAGGAUACGAAACAGCCAAGAAUCUAGCAACGAAAGGAGCUAAAGUUAUUUUAGCCAGCCGGAACGAAACAAAACUGAGCCGAGCUAGAGACCGGAUAGAAAAAAUUACGGGCAAUAAAAACAUCUCAUAUAAAAUACUGGAUUUAGCUUCCUUGAAAUCCAUCAGGAAUUUUGCUGGUCAUACUAUUGCCACAGAAGAACGUCUGGAUAUUCUAGUAAAUAAUGCCGGGGCUGUUGCUUUACCGGACAGAUUGACCUCGGAUGGAAUCAAUUUAACAAUGCAAGUAAACUAUUUCGGAACAUUCUUACUUACAUAUCUAUUACUGCCGUUUCUCAAAAAUUCUGCACCAAGCCGAAUUAUUAACAGUUCCGCUUCUUCAAUGUACAUUGGACAUUUAGAUUUUGAUCAUUGGAAUGAUAUUGGAAGAUAUACAUCAAUAGAAGCGCUGGCAAAUUCGAAAUUAGCGGUGGCUUUAUUCAAUGCAGAAUUGGACCGAAGGUUCAAAGACACAGGUAUAACUGCUAACAGUUUUGACCCUUUUGUCGUUCGUGAUACAGAUAUAUUGCAGAAUCUUCCUAAUUUAGUUCAAAAUAUUUCUCAGUUAUUUAUAGAUGUUAUUGGGCAACCAAAGGAAGAUGUGGGAAAACAAAUAACAUUGUUAGCUGUAGAUCCCGGACUUCAGAAUGUUAGCGGUGCCCAUUAUAAAUUUUGUAAAAAGUGGAUAAAUCAUUGGCUAGUCAGUGAUAGUAAACUUACAAAAGAACUGUGGGAUAGAUCAAAACUUAUUUUAAAUAUAACAUCUGAAGAAGACUGGGAAAAUGACAAU